AAUCAAUUAAUUCCUUACAUUUAGUUUUAUCGCUCGUUGCAAUAUGAAUAUGGACGAGAACUAGCCAAAUAAUGGGAACUUCGCCAGCUGGGAAGACUCGUAUUUUGGAAUCAUAUAGCGAAAACAAUUUAUCGAGGACUAAGCUAGGAAGUUAUUUGUCGCGCUCUGAGCUACGUUUAAGGUUUUUUCUUAGCCAUCCAUUUUCUAGAAAGCCAUUAUUUAAGAAGACACUAGGAUUAGAGUGUCGAGUGUACUAAGUUAAAAAGUAAAAACCUUGGAGGAAAUUGUUAAAUGGUCGCCUCACUUGUUUCCCUUUUGUUCAAAGCUUAUUAAACUCUCUUUUGUCCUACAAACAUCUGUCGAGCUUUCAUUACAUUCGGAGCUUAAGGAGUGAAAGAAAAAACGUUUAGGCGUUUAGCCUUUCCUUUACAAUUCCAAGCGACAGAAAAACGGCAACCGGCCAAUUCAACAGGGCGGGAAAGACGACACUUCUCUCUUGGUAUUUUCAUGAGACAUUGCAUCAAGACACUAUCGUUGUACUAGAAGCUUAUGAUUUGAUUCCUCUGUGAAGCAACAUGGACAAGGCCAUGUACACCCAACCAAGCCGYGUCUGUUCAGUCUGUGGAGACCGUUCCUCUGGCUUUCACUAUGGCGUACAAAGCUGCGAAGGCUGUAAAAGUUUCUUCAAAAGAACAGUUCAGAAGCAACUUCAGUAUGCUUGCGUGGAAAACAAAUCAUGUCAGAUUGACAAAAAUAACCGGAUAAGAUGCCAGUAUUGCAGAUUUCAGAAAUGUCUUUCAUUGGGGAUGUUAAAAGAAGCCGUUCGAGAAGAUCGAGCCCCUGGAGGUCGACCAAGGAUCAAGUCCUUGAUUGGUUUGAAAGAAAAUGCUGACACGUUUGUGUCAUCGGAGCUAAUUCUUCAACUGAUUCAAGCAAGACCUGAUGCAGUUCCAAAGAGAAGACCCGAAUACCUUGAAGUUGGUCUUAACGACUUUUGUCCACUGAACCCGGUUGAAGCAAUCAUGGAACUAGCUCUGCAAGAAGUCGACCUCAUCAUAAAAUGGGCCAUGCGAGUACCUGGAUUCUGUGACGUUGACCAUGAGGACCAAAUCAACCUUCUUUCUAAUGGAAUACUGGAGCUGCUUAUUCUUCGUGUUUGUCAAAGGUCCACUCCUCACCAGGGCUCAAUUAUGGUAGCAAAAGAUGUCCUCCUCAGCCCAGAGACCACAUAUAAUAUAGUACUUGAACAAUGGGCUGCGCAGUUGUCUUGCUUUGGGUACAAGCUCCAGAGUUUACAGCUCGACAUGGCAGAGUUUGCCUGUGUUAAUGCAAUCAUGCUGUUCGAACAAGAAUUGAGUUGUGGUCUUAGAAACAGAGAACUAGUAGAGUUCGUCCUCAACCGAACACUAGACGCACUUCGAGACUACAUCAAGUCAUCAUAUCCCGAGAAACCAAGUCGCUUUGCCCAUAUUCUUUUAAAACUACCAACUCUUCGUGACGUGGCAUCCAAGAUGGCUGCCGACUGUCUGUUUGUACAAUCAUUACUUCAUUUAGCUGUACCACAACUCGUAGCAAGAAUGAUGGAUGUACAUCGUGAACGGCGGUAAUACGAAGUCUAGCCGAAUGAACACGAACGUUCGUCGGUUCGAGCCGAUUGCUUUCGAGUUUUUAACUAGGUGACGGAAACGCCCUCAUUAUCCCAGCCCCGACAGAGAUGUCAAUUAUCGAGAUGUCGAAUUAUCGAAACGGAAUCAAUCUUCUCGUCUGUGGACUGUAGCCAUUAGUAUUUCCAAUGAACGAAGCAUCGCCGACGUACGCUUAACGACGAGCCUCCGAAUUAGCUCCAACUUUCAUCAGAAGUUGUUACUGAAUUUCUGUACCUAAUGCCUUUAUGAACGCAAGAGAUCAAAGAGAACUAGGGAACAGAACAAGGGAACGGUGCAAUCAUUGCUCCAGUUUUCGAGCGUGGCGACCGCUUGGAUUGUUGCAGGACAUGUCGCACUUGAAUUGAAAAGCGAACUGAUACAUUUAUUUGAAUGAAUUGAAAAAAAUAAUUCUGCUUUCUCUUCACUGACUUUUCUGUCUUUUCUACAGAAGAGAUAACUAGCUAAAAACUAGUGUGAGCUGCGUCGGUGUUUCUAAUGAAACAGUAAUGAUGAAAUAGUAAAUUAUACACCGUGAAAAGAUGAAAAAACUUACUGACGUUUCGGAUGCUAGUCCUUCGUCGGAGUAAAAGACGAGAAUAUAGAUUAGUGACAUCACGCCUUCGUUAUCCUGCGUUAUCGUGCGUGACGUGCCGAGAGCGAGACGAAGGACUAGCGUUCAUCUUUUCACGGUGUAUAAUUUACCCUUUUAUCAUUACUGUCUUUUCUACAAGUUCAUAAAUAAAGAAUUACACGACAACAAAAAAUCAUGCAAAAGGUGUUCAAAUUUUAUGGACUAAUGAUCUUUGCUUGACCCCUUACAUGCAUAAAUAAAAUAACCGAUUUAAAUAACCA